GCCGCAUCAGGCCAAAGCGCACUCAACACGCCACAAGAGAGGGAAAGCACUGCGCCUGCUGCUGGGACACAUUCCGAGAGAGAUUUCUUCUUGAAGUUGCUGUGUUUUGAUCCACUGGUAUAUUAUAUUGGAGUCAGAGGAUCGUCUACGGUACAAACCCGGUUCUGCACUUGCGCCGAGUCAGACGCCUUUCACACCUGGGAUAGACGUCAUCUCAUAUGCUCUCUAAAGCCUCUUUUCCUAGAAGAGCAGUGAAGCUUCUUUGUUCAGGACUUGAUACCACCUGAUAGUUAGCCCCUGCCUACCCUAAGCCUCCGUGUUAAAAGUUUCGUCCAUCAGGGCGUAUGUCUUCUGAUGAUGCACCAUCACCACCGCACCAUAAGCCGUCCACAUCGAGUUUCGCAGAAGUGUUCAAGACCCUAGGUGUGAGACGUUCCAAGUCGCAAUCCCCAGUCUCUCAGUACGAAAACGGCGGGGAGUAUCUCUCGCCCGCGAGCGAAGGACGAAGAAGCAGUCGGGUGGUUUUUGGAUUCGAAUCAAUGCAUCGCGGCAGUGUGGUAUCCAACUCCUCGGACACUGCCAGUGCUCCCGAGUACGAGACGCUCUUGAAAGCACUUGCGCAGCGGAAUAGCCUCGCUUAUGCCAUUGAUGAGGCCGAGCACGCCGCACGGGCGCUCCCGUGGUUCAAUGCAGAGCAGUCCGUUUCCCUGUGGGAAGCUGGCUCGUACUUAUUGCACCAUGAAAGCUCCCCAGACGCUCGAAGAAGUGGCUCUAAGCUAAUGGAGGCUCUUGCGAUGCGCCAAGACUUGCCUCUUCCAACUCGGCGUACUCUCUUCGAGGCGAUAUCCUCCCCCAUGGAACCUGAUCUCAUCGCUGCACGAGUCCAAGCCUUAAUUUCCUUAUCAGACCAUGGCAGAAAACUCGAGUUCACAGAUUCAUCGGUCUUGCCAAUAGUGACCACUUGCCUAGGCCCGCUCUUUGAAGUCCUCUCUUCAGCACGGUCAAAGGCAAGAAAAAGCAAACUCACGCGGUCGAAUGGGUUGAGCAUCGAAGAGACAAGCUUCAGUGAUAUUUUCCAAUUCGCCGUGGAUCUAAUUGCUUUGCAGCGCAAACCACCGAGCGAUGAUGAAAUCGAUUCCCUGCUAGAACAGGUCUUUCUUAUCUGCAGGAAAACUAGCGUUGCUGGUGACAUCAAGAAUUCGCUUGCCCUCUUCGACGCUGUCAUCCUAUAUGCAGAUGUCCCUGACCGGGUUUUCAGUCCCCUAUUGGAAGUCCUGUGCAGUAUUCAUGCUUCCGUCAAAUCGUUGUCAGGCCCUACAUCAAGAGCUGUGCGGAAUCUGGCGAAAUCCCGACGUCAGACGGAGAUGGUGAAUAUUCUUCACUCCUUUCUUCUUGAGUCUUCAGGGGACCAGGGCCGAAAUCUCAAUGUCAUUCGUGGAACAAUCUAUGCAUUUGCCGAUCUUGUUCGUGCACACAGUCAACACGGCAUGCCUCAACUUUCGUUUGACCAAUUGGUGGACUCCCUACAAAUUGUUCUCAGUAAGGAUGAUGGCCGUAUCGAAGCUGAUGUUUUGGAACUCGGCCUAAACAUCAUGGAAGGUGAAUACAUCCAUGUUGCUUUGGGUGACAAUUGGUCGAGAUUCAUCGAUAUUCUCCUCAAGUGCUCUCACAGAGUUACUGCUGAUGAACCCGAUGGAACCCUGAAUCAGCCUCGGAGUGGAACGCCAGAUGACACGUCCAACAUUCUAGCUUAUGUCAACCGGAUCGCAUCUGUUCUGGAAGGUGUCUGGGAUCAAAUGAACAAUCAACAGAAGCUGGACACCGGUCGGUAUUUUAUGGAAGUCAGUCGGCACAUUGACCCUUCCCAAGCUGAUAUCGUGAUCAACUUGUUGAGGACUGAGGGCCUCUGUUCUCCCGAAAACCCAAAUUGGGUUCGAAAUUGCCAAAGAUUGAUCUCCUGUUUCGUUCGAUCUAUUGGGAAACCUUCGGACAUCCGCAUCUUAGCACUGGACACACUAAAGGAUGCAUUUCCUACCUAUGAGUCUCUUGCCUUGUUCCAGGAGCAAGGUCUCCUUGAAGCAAUGCUUCGGGGCUUCUCUGAUGAAGAUGAUCUAUUAUUCUUGGAAUCUCUCGUUUCUUUCAUCGUUGAGAUCUCUAUGACGACUGGGAACGAGGACACAUUCAAGAUGCUGGUGGAUACAAUUAGUGCCCCGAUGACCCGUGACCUGAAGGCUGAAGAAUUCAGUGAGAGUGAAAGUCCUCUGAAUUCUCCGACUCGGCGCCGGUCCUCUACCUCGGUCCUAGAGCUCUCUCUGGCCAAUGUCUGUGCUGUCGGGCUUGUCAAGAUCUUCCUCCGCUCAUUGAACUCAUCCGCAAAUAAAACUACCGUGGUUUUUGAGACGAUCUUGGGUAUUGCACAGUCUCCAGAACGACCUUCUGACGCCCGCCUUACCGUACUGAAGUUGUUGUUCAGACUCCGAUGUGAUUCAUCCGGCUCCAUUACUGUAAUCUCAGCCUCAGAGUACGAUUUCUUAUCAAACGUUCUGGGCGAUAGAGUCGAUGUUGGGGUCAACGGCCAUGGGUCCCUGGAAGAUGGUCCCGGUGAUUUUGUCUCCGGUAUUGAUAACAUGCAGAGUUCUUCGUUCAAAGACACGCCCUAUGGUAUCCUUUCCAAAUCCAUAGGUCGUGCUUCGAGCUUGUAUGCUCGUUCGUCAAAAUUAACACCACCGGUUUGGACCUACGCUUCGCCUCAGGUCCUUCCUGAGCAGCCACCGGACACAUCCAGUCCCUUUGUCUACGCAUACGCGACUCCCCAACUCUCGCAUCUGUCAGGCCAAGAUUAUACCCAGAAGCUUGCGUUGAAAGCUAACAUGUGGUUGGAGGCAAUCAUAUCCCUGCUGCAACGGGAAACAAACUGGGAUAUCUAUAGUUAUGUCCUCACGCAUCUCGGGCCGCAACUCCGGAACAAGGAUUUCUUCAACAGCGCGAUCCCACAAGUCAAGUUAUUACGCAGCGUUCUCUGUGAGCAGAUAAAAAAUGAGACGUUCCGCGAGCCUCCUGGAUGGACUGGGGUCAAGAAAACAGACGUCGCUGUGUGCAUUUUUGAUUGUCUAUCCAUGCUCAUUGGUUUUCAUGAUCAUUUUGCCAAGAGUGAAGAAGAUGAGCUGGUUCGGGCCUUCAUGCUGGGCAUUAUUGGAUCCUGGAGCGGCACAUCACGCGGCUGCAUCCAUGCACUUUUUGUCUGCUGUUAUGAGAUCCCAUUAUCUGUCACAAAAUCUCUCACUCAGAUUCUGGACAAGAUGUCCAAGGUGAUCACCAUGUCGAAUAUUGCCGUCCACAUCCUCGAAUUCUUGGCGUUGCUUGCACGUCUGCCGGACGUAUACGUCAACUUACGGGAGGAAGAAAUCCGUACGGUCUUUGGCAUCUGCAUCCGGGUCUUGCAGACAUCCAGAGAGCAGCGGCACAAAGUCGCGGAAGCGGCCACUAUUCGAAGCACCCCGAACUCGGCAAGAUUGAGCGGUGGCAUACGAGAAAUGGCGUCAUCUCAUGCUGAGGCCGCAGAUACAACAUUCCAGGAUGGUAUUUCGCGAUACAUCUAUGCCUUGACACAUCAUGUCAUGGUGUUCUGGUUCUUAUCUCUGAAGAUCCAGGAUCGGCCAAAACACGUGAAUUGGAUCACUAGCAGGCUGAUAUUUAUGGAUGAGUACGGCAAGGAAACGGUCGAGGAACAAACCCAGGUCUUCAUCGACUUGAUGCAACGAGCCACUUUCUCUGAUCUGGGCGAAACUAUUCCCUUUGAGACGUUUCCUCCAUCUCCCGCAGAUGGACCUGCGUCAAAGAAGUCCUGGAUUGUCGGGACGAGUAUUGUCACCGUUGAGACUGCCGGAGUAUCGGGUUUGACGCAGAUCACUAAACGGCAAGCCUCUGGGACCACCUAUGCGAUGUACCAGCAACGAACGGCGCCGGUCCUGCCACACCAGGUGCCACCAACGCCCGAUGCCCAUCUGCAUUUAGAUUCAAUGCGAACUGCUAUCUUCCCCAGCCAUGUGCUCUUGCAAUUGACCACCACUGCUUUCCCAACACCUACAGUGAUGCAGCCUAUACCUCUCCCAGAUGACGACAUGACGCGUCGAGCUAUCAGCACAUUUGAUAGAAAUGACAUCGUGGACGGACAUAAAGUCGGUGUUAUCUAUGUCGAUCACGGCCAGACCACCGAGGCCGAAAUCCUUGCCAAUACCUCCGGGAGCGCGGACUAUGAAUAUUUCCUAUCAGGAUUAGGCACGAAGGUGCAACUGCAAGGCGCACAGUUCAAUACGCAAGGGCUCCAUCCUUCCACUGACGGACAGUACACCUACGCAUGGCGGGAUCGGGUGACCGAAAUCGUGUACCAUGUUCCAACCAUGAUGCCCACUGACUUUGACAACGACCCGAACUGCAUCAACAAGAAGCGCCACAUUGGGAAUGACUUUGUCAAUGUCGUGUUCAAUCGCUCAAACCUUCCUUUCGCUUUCGACACGAUACCGUCUCAGUUCAAUUUUGUCAAUAUUGUGAUUAGCCCGGUGUCUCGCAUUGCUGUUGAAAAAGACGGCACACCAAAGGGAGAGACAGUCGACUUUGACAAGUUAUCCUACGAGGUGAAACUCAUGAGCAAACCCGGGUUUCCCGAGAUCUCGCCUGCGGCCACCACCAAGGUGAUUUCGGGCAAGAACCUAGCGGCCUUUGUGCGCACCCUCGCCUUGAACGCCUCGGUUUUCUCGCACGUCUGGAACAGCCAUGGUGGCGAACACAUCUCGUCCUGGCGGAACCGGCUGCGCGAAAUCAAACGCUUGCGAGAGCGCGUGCUGGGGCAGCAGUCCCAGGCGUCAGAGCCGGCCGAGGCAACAUAUCCGGGGUAUCGGCGCAACACCAAGGCCAAUAUCCAUUCCGAAGAGCUACCUUCUCGCCUUGCCGCCGUCAACAUUGACCCCGCGUCUGACUGGAAUGCUGCCGCCGAAACGAACAUCUUGCAGAACUUGGAUUUCUCCAAAUGGAGCCGUUAGCCAUGGUCAUCGAAAAAAGAGAGUUCUUUUUCGUUCACCAAUUUCUUUUGUCUUUUUCCACAAAAAAGAAGAAAAAAAUAUGCGAUAUGAAAAGCAAUCACGAAGUCAUGUAUAUCACACCCCCCUCCCAUGUCAUGUGUUAAUCAAUACCCUGCCACCCUUGUAUGUUCCGCCCAAAAGUUUUGUGGUUUAGCCUUGGAUUGAUCUAAAACUAUUUCUACUGUGCUCUACCUAUUGUUUUAUCUAUGAAAUGACCUUUUACUCUAUUGGCUCAAUAGGUUUUGCAUCAUCGAGUACACCUGGUCUCCACACCAAGCUAUCAAGCAUUCGACUCAGGUCUUAGACUGAAGUGCUAGACUAGAUUAUGGAUUCUAUAUCUGAUAUUUUGUUGGCAGUGUGAUAUUACCAAGGUCGACAGAGCUCGAG